UCAGUUUGAUGAUAACACUCUACGCACAUGAACUUGAUUUUUGUCAGAUUUAACAUACCUACCUACUGAAAAGCUUAAAAUGAGUAAGUCCGAGAGAUAUAUAAAGAACGUCUUACUUUCCCAUAAGGACGGCAAAUACUUUAUCGAUAAAAUUAGAACAUUGAUAACGUGGGAAGAAGGGUGUCGUAUUUUAGACGUCGGAUGUGGCCCUGGAAAUGUGACAAGCGAUUUUCUUCUGCCCAUUUUACCAAAGUCAGGUACGAUAAUCGCUAUCGACAAGGCGGCCGAAGUGAUAUGCUACGCGAAGGAGCACUACGAGAAAUCCCCUCACGUUAAUUUCGUUCAAAUGGACAUCGUGUUUCCGGAUCCACAGUUAUACAAAACUUUCGACCAUGUUAUUUCGCUCUACUGCCUUCACUUCGUAGCCGAACAAGAGAUAGCGCUAAGAAACAUAUACAACAUGUUGAAACCUGGUGGAAACUUUUUCUUUACGUGCGUGGUGCAGUACAACGCUUUCGAAACAUUUGCCGCCAUUAGCGGUACCGAAAAAUGGAAGCCAUACAUUGUCGAUUAUAAAUCAUAUAUGUCCCCUUAUCAGCAAUCCAAAAAUCCAAAGGAUGACUUGGAGAAGAUGUUGCUGGCGGCUGGGUUUGAUAUAUCUUUUAUUGUCGAAGAACCAAGGAAAUAUAAUUACCUCAUAAACGAUAUCAAAGAGAUAUUUCUUUCGUUGGAUUGUAUAACCAUACCGCAGGAUCUCGAAGAUGAAUUUCAAACUGACCUUCAGCGCAUCAUUAGAAGCUUGGGACAGAUCCAAAUUGAAAAUGGCGAUGAAUUUUAUUGUACGAAAUGUCAGGUGUUGUUUGGGCAUGUCACUAAAUCAAAAAGGAGCCCGUAAAGGAGUUAAAAGAAAGUCGAUAAUAAGGACCUUUGGACUAAUUAAACGAAAAUAAAGCUUUCUCUCUGA